AUGUCUACGAUCACCCUGCCCGACUUCUCGCUUAUCCUUCAAAUGAGGGGGUUGCCCGCUCUUGACCCGGUAUACAAGUACACACCCCUACCCGUCGAAGGCUGGACGAGGAUCUUGGUACUGCGCCCUGGAUUCGCUGGUGAUGAUCUCUCGUGCAGUCUUCAAGUCUGGAAAAUUGAGGACGCUGCCAGGGUAGGGUUCGACGCUCUAUCUUACGUCUGGGGAGAUGACAAGGGACAAAAAAUCCAAUGCGACGGUGCUACUCUCCAUAUCCGGGAUAACCUAGCCUGUGCACUGAAUCAUCUUCGUCAUGAUCGGAAAGCAAGGUUUCUUUGGGUAGAUGCCAUGUGUAUCAAUCAGGAAGAUCGAAAAGAGAGAUCAGAGCAGGUUCAACAAAUGGGUCAAAUCUACGCGAGCGCAUCGAGGGUCCUCGUCUGGAUAGGCCCCGACGUCAAUCACGAAGCGAGGGAGUGCUUCUCUCUGAUACAAGCCACUGCUACCCUUCUCUCCGACAUGGUUUCUGAACAUGGCGACGUCAAUUUGUUCCCUCCUAUUACACGCGAGAGCCAAAAGAUCUGCUCAGAUACUCCCAAGUGGGAUAUGGUCCGCCGGUUGAUGGACUCGGAGUGGUUCUCCCGGGUUUGGGUGCUCCAGGAAGUCGGCUUGGCUCGAUCCGCUGUUUUGCUCUGUGGCAACGCGUCUAUGAAUUGGGCUUACCUGGUGGAAUUGAUGCUUAUCGUCGCCUCGCGUGUCGAUGUCGGCGCGUUGAUGGGAAAUGUCAAAUCGGGCAUGUUCUGGGACUUGUUUGAUGACCUCUGGCGGACAUAUGGAAACGAGCUGUCCUGGAGAAAAGAGUUCCCCAUGUGCAAAAUCUUGAGUUGCAACGAAGCUCACGUGAGCUUUAUUAACAUUCUGAACGACGGACGGUCCUACAUGGCUACCGAUCAACGUGAUCGUGUAUAUGCCUUCCUCAGUCAUCCUAGUACGGCAUGCGGUGCUGCAAAAGAGAAAAGACUAGUGGUCGCCAACUACAAUUUGUCCGUUGACGAAGUCUACUUUCACACCGCGGAGGCGAUUCUUUACAACGACCCAUAUCCAUGGACGGUCCUUACUUGUAUUGACCACACCGCAGAUUCUUCCUCACUCGAUGGUCUGCGCACGUCGUGGGUUCCGCGCUGGGACGAGGGGUGGCGGGUGUAUUGGUUGGGCUAUCCGGAGAUGUGGUAUCGAGCUGGUGGAUCCAAGUCAGCGCCAUUUCGAUUUGAUGUUUCCCAGUCCGACUCGUCUCUACGCGUGACAGGUGUAAUCUUGGACUCUAUCGAGUGGACAUCCAGGGUAUUCGACUCGCAGGAACUUCUACUGGAGAACCAGAAGGAAAACAAGCUAUUGCAGAAGUUGUGGCAGGACUUGGAGCCUGACAGAGGUGACAGCGUUUACGGUAACAGUCAUGACGAGCGAGAAUUCGCCUACAGCCUCGCCAUCGCAGCUGGACGGGCAGCCGACGAAGGCCCAGCUGAAGAUAGUCCCACUCAUCACCGUGCCAUUUAUCGGGCGUACAAAGAAAUGGUGCUCGGUAAGGCCGGCGAUGACCCCGGGAUACCACCAUUGCCAUCGACAGAUGAAGAGGUCACGAUCCAAAGCGAGCAGGAGUCUCCAAAAUCCCUCGAACUCGAGGCCAUGACAUACGUCAGCAGCAACCAGCGUAGGGCUUUACACAACCGGCGAUUCUUCCGAACCUCAAUGGGUUACUACGGAGUCGGCCAUUUGACUGUCAAGAUAGGCGAUGAGUGCUGCGUGUUCAAGGGCGCAAAUGUGCCAUUCGUUGUUCGGAGAGUCUCAGCCGACAGUGGCUCUACCUCCACUCCACACUUGGUCGUGGGUGAAUCUUAUAUCCAAGGAGUCAUGAAGGGGGAAAUUUUUGAGAUGAUGGAUGACGGCAGGCGUGAUGAUCUUGUUGAACAGACAAUUAUUCUUGUGUAA